UCAAAGCCACCAUCGAGGUUGGUGCUGGAUCAAUAUGGCGGCGAUGAAGCUCGUCGCCACCGGGAUGGGGUUUCUGCAGUCGUCCUUGCCGUUUUGUAGACAGGCCUGCAGAAGUUCACUUGGAGUGGUGGAGCAGGUCAGGAGCUACUAUGUUGACUGGAGAAUGGUACGGGAUGUGAAAAGGAGACAAAUGGCAUUUGAAUAUGCAGAUACAAGACUGCGCAUCAAUGCCAUUAGGAAGAAUACUGUUUUGCCAAAAGAGCUACAGGAGAUAGCUGAUAAAGAGAUAGCCACACUGCCUCGAGACAGUUGUCCCGUGCGCAUUCGCAACAGGUGUGUG